GAACGGAUACAGAAUAAUGGAAAUAAUGGCGAAGAUUCUCUCAAUUUUUCUCGCUUUCCUAACAUUGGCUGAUUACAGUGAGGGGUUGUCAAGAAGAAAGAUUUACACGUUAUAUUCUGCGAAAAAAACAUGGAACGAAGCCAAGGCCAUAUGUGAAAGUAAACAAAGCCAACUUUUAAAAAUAAAGAGCGCAAAACAUUAUGAGGAAAUUAGUUAUCUUGAUAGAAUGGAAUGGGGAAAUCGUGUUAUGAAUGAAUUUGCAUCUUCUUCUGGUAUGUGGUCACCAUUACAUAAGCCUUUUUGGAACACUACCUGGACAUACCAAGACUGUGAACCAUACUCUUUGACUGUGCCAGGUACAUCCGUAAAAAAAUGCUCAACAUAUCAGCCAAACUCCAUUAUAAGUUCUGCUCCUUGUGACGAGGAGCAUAUCUUCAUUUGUGAAAGAUUUGAAGGUGACUGCUGGUUUCAACCUUUUUACGAAAUGACGACGAAAUGGUUUGAGGCUGCUACGUCUGUACCAAUAAACGAUCCCAAUAUCAAAGCAGAAGACUGCGCUCUGGAAUGUCGCAACCUUUAUGAUAUAAAUACCGGCACUGAAUGCUGGGGUUUCACGUUCUAUCCUGCCGUGCCACUGUGUACGCUUCAUGUUAAUAACACGCCAACAGCCUCAUCUGAUUACCUUUACCCAGAAAACAGGGACUAUGGUGAACUGAAAUCAACAUUUUAUGUCCGUCGGUGCUUUGAAGGAGUAAUCGACACAAAUAUGUACGACAGCUUUUAUGACAAAAACGCGGAACCGGACACUUCAUGCACGGAAACACCAUACGUUUUUAACAAUACAGUAUAUGAUGUGUGCUACUGUCCUGUCCAGGAACAACCCCCUAUACCAGAACCCGCUACAAGCGAGGAAAAGGCCAAACAAUUUAUUAAAAAGCUAACAAUCGGUACAUCAAGCACAAGUGCAGCUGAACGCAAGCUAACCAGUGCUGAGGACAAUAGACCAAGUGUGAUUGGAAUGGGUUAUGUUGGUAUUUUGGUUUUGACAGCUGUGUUCGGAAGUUUGGUUUUACUAGAUCUGAAUGUGAUUUUUGCUAGAAUAAAAGACUUCUGUAGCUCAUCAACAAGCGUGCAGACUAUCGGUUAAGGAGACAAUCAGACAUA